AUGUGGUUCGACGAAAUUGGAGAAGUAUUUGAGAUGUUUAGGGGCAGCUUUCCUCUAUCAUUCCUAUUUUUUGUUCCAAUCCUGAUCAUAAUAUCACCAGUCAGCCCUGUAAAUGCAGCACAGGAGUUUGGGGUCUACAGAAUGCAGCAGUUUGACUUACAAGGAUCUAGUUUUGGUUGCAAGAAUUCUGUUAUCAACAUGGAGGCUAGAGCUAUUGAUUCUAAGAUGCUGACUCGCCGCUGUGCAGUUGCCAGGCUGCAGGAUGUCACCAUGCCCAAAUACCGAGAGUUGAUGAGUCAGAACGCUGGGGCGCUGCUGGUAAUUCUUCCGAAGAAUUUAUCAGCGCUAUCAUUAGAAGAGAAACAGCAUCUUCAGAGCCUUGAACAGGAGCUUUUGCAGGAGGCUGUGUCAGUACCUGUGUAUUUUGCCACGGAAUCUGAAUUCCUAAAUGACAUAUAUUUAGAUGUGCAAGAAGGAAACACAGGAGACAAUGCUCCGACUGCUUGGGAAGCCUUGCUGAGUUCAGCCACAGCUAAUGGCUUUCAGCUGGUCAUCUCAGGCAGUCCUGCGGAACCUCUGCCAGAAUUUGAGGUCGCAAACAUUCAGGGCCAUUUAUCAGGCUAUGGUAUUGAGGAGCAGCUGCCUACAAUUGUCAUCACUGCACAUUAUGAUGCUAUGGGUAUUGCUCCAGCUCUCUCGUAUGGGGUGGACUCCAAUGGCUCUGGUGUGCUUCUUCUGCUUGAACUGGUCAGACUGUUUUCAAAGCUGUACACAAACUCACGCACUCAUGCGAAAUAUAAUCUUGUCUUUCUCUUGUCUGGUGCUGGGAAAUUCAAUUACCAAGGUACAAAAAGAUGGAUAGAAGACAACUUUGAAUCUGCAGAAGGAAACAUGUUGUCUGAUGUGGCAUUUGUGCUUUGCUUGGAUACACUUGGGGCAGGCAGUGAGCUCAAUCUGCAUGUGUCAAAGCCACCCAGAGAUGAUGGUGCAGGAGGAAGAUUUUAUAAGCAUCUGGAGGAUAUUGCCAAAGAAAACUUCCCAGAUGUCAAAAUAGGGAUGGUGCACAAGAAGAUCAACUUGGCUGAUGAAAUGCUGGCAUGGGAACAUGAAAGGUUCAGCAUCAAACGCAUGCUUGCAUUCACUGUCAGUCAUCUGGACACUCCCAAGAGCUCUGACAGGACAACAAUCCUUGAUACAAGGGAAAGAGUUAGCACCCCAGUCAUUUCCAGAAACAUCCUGUUAGUUGCUGAGGCCCUUGCUCGACAGAUCUACAACUUGACCAGCCAGGGAAGCUUCCAGAUCUUCACUGACACCUUAUCUGUGGAAGAUCCUGUGAUUGAUUCAUGGCUAGACUACUUCUCCAGUGUGCCUAGAGCAGCUCAGCUACUCAAGCCUGACUCAGAGUUGGUGGUCACUCUUGAGCAGACAAUGGGGCGCUACCUCAAGGAUGUCCGCAAAACAUUGGUCAAGGCUGACAAAAGAGACCCAGAGUUUGUAUUUUACACAGGAGCAGAAUAUGUAAUGAAUGCCUAUAAUGUGAAGCCAGCCGUGUUUGAUUUAUUCCUUGCAGUUUGUAUUGCAGCAUACCUCACCCUGACAUAUUUCUUCGCACAGAACUUCCGCUUGAUUUACUCUACACUGAAGCGAACUGUGACACCUCUCAGUCCCAAAUCUAAAGUUCAGUAA